UUUUGUUUUUAAAUUUCUAUCUUAAUUUGUGUCGAAUUGGUUAAGGUUACGCAGUUACUCUUUCUCUCUGCAUUCCGAUUCACUUAGUGCUGACCCAGAAUUGGAAGCGAUCAGGCAAAGGAGAAUGCAGGAGCUAAUGGCUCAACGUGGCGGGGGUAGUCAUCAAGGUCCUGAGCAACAGAAAGCUCAGGAGGAAGCUAAAAGUGAGGCGGAGGAACAAAGACAACUGAUGCUGACACGGAUUUUGACAUCUGAAGCACGUGCAAGACUUGCUCGAAUUGCGCUGGUAAAACCCGAGAAGGCCAGGGGAGUUGAGGAUGUUAUACUGAGAGCUGCCCAAACGGGUCAGAUUGUUGAGAAGGUAUCUGAAGAGAGGCUCAUAUCGCUGCUCGAACAAAUCAACAAUCAAACAUCUAAAGAAACCAAAGUGACAAUUCGGAGGCGUACAAGUGUUCUCGAGGAUGAUUAGACUAUAUGGGUUUGAGGUUUGUUUGAUUUUAUACUAAGCUUGAUUUAAAAACACUGGCAUAUUGUAAAAUCCAUCCUACGGUGUGUGGUGGUUGGAAUUGUUUUGAGUGUGAUCGUCCAAAUUUUAGCUGUCUCGAAUUUUAAAUAACUUCCAAUUUUUUACUCGAUACGGAUAGUUAUUGUAUCGUUCAAGCAUUGCUUGCUUGAAACAUAAAUCCCAGUCAUCUUGAUGUGAAGUAAGGUUAUUUUCUUAA